AUGUCAGCCGAUCCAGUCGUGCAAACAGCCGCUGACAUUGACGAAGAACCUUACGAGUCUGCCGAAGACGAAGACUUCCAGCUCGAUGCUGCACAAGAUGAGUCCGAGCUGUCCUCCGACGACGAAGCCCAGGCCGAACCCGCGAAGAAGAAACGCAAAACCGAUAAGAAACGCGAUGCGCCCGAGGAUAUCGAGCUAGAUUCUGGCGAUGAAAUUACAAUCAAGAAGGCACAGGCCAAGCGGAGGAAGCGGAAGGGGAAGAAGGGUGGUGAUGAUGACUUCGAUCUCGACGACGAUGAAGGAGGUACUGGGGGUUUUGUGCGAACACGCGCAAUGAAGGCGACAAUCCAGGAAGAGCGCAAACCGCUAGCCAAGAUCGACGGUGCGACUGUGGACGUGAAUGCCCUGUGGGAACAGAUGAAUGACCCCGGGAAUGCGCUGGGAACAUCGACCUCAGAGACGGAACAACAGACCGAGUCGGCCCCAGAGCCCGAUCGCUCGGUCGACACGCACAAGCAAGACCAGCCUACCGCGGAUGCUGCAGAGGAUAACUCUCGCCAUGACCAGUACGCCGAUCAGAUGAUCAAGAUCAAGCGCACCUACAAAUUCGCAGGUGAAUGGAUUACGGAGGAGAAGGUUGUCCCCAAGGGAUCUGCCGAAGCCAAAGUCUUCUUAGCCAGUGGGGAGGCCGUUGAAUACGCCGAUGCAGAUGCCGCCGCAGCAGCAGCGGAAGCUGCUCGAAGCCUCCGCCGACCGAUCCGCAAAAUAUCGCGAUUCGACCCCAAUCCGACCGGUACAAUUAAGAAGAGCUGGGAGAAACAGGCCAUGGAACCCGGUGGCGAUGCGAAGGGACCUAAAAUCAACACUGUGGAGAAAUCUCGCCUUGACUGGGCACAGUAUGUCGACGAAGCUGGCAUCGGUGACGAAUUGCGCACACACAGCAAGGCCAAGGAGGGUUAUAUGAGUCGCAUGGACUUCUUGGGUCGCAUGGACGCCAAAAGGGAAGAUGAGGCUCGCCAAGCUCGUCUCAAGGGCAUGUGA